GUGGGGACCCGGAAGUGAGAGGCGGGGGCCCGGCUAGACCCGGAGGGUGGAAUGGUUUCUGUAUCUCCUGGAGGGUGGAAUGGUUUCUGUAUCUCCUGGAGGGUUCCCACUUGGCCUUCAGUAAGGGUCAAGACGCAGGGGCUUGUACCAAAGGGGAGCAAAGCCGGGCUCUGCCCGAGGCCUCUAGGACCUCCGUCCCCCCAUGUCGGAGGUUCCCUCCCAGGAAUCCGACACGUGACCGUGAUGGGUGGUGGGACAGCCCUCACAGAGCAGAAGAACCCCGUAAGUGCCGUGUCUGUGAAGAUGCCUCCUGACCUGCCUUCCCUGCCGCUGAAGAUUGUGAUGCUGCUACUGCUGCUGCUGCCCCUGCUGCUGCCCCUGCUGCUGCCCCAGGCAGAAGCUCGCUCCUUCGUCGUGGAUCGGCAACAUGACAGAUUCCUCCUGAACGGGGUCCCGUUCCGCUAUAUUUCUGGCAGCCUGCACUACUUUCGGGUACCGCCGGUACUUUGGGCCGACCGGCUUCUCAAGAUGCAAAUGAGCGGCCUCAACGCUGUACAGUUUUACGUGCCCUGGAACUACCACGAGCCAGAGCCUGGGGUCUAUAACUUUAACGGCAGCCGGGAUCUCAUUGCUUUUUUGAACGAGGCAGCCAGAGCGAACCUGUUGGUCAUACUGAGACCAGGACCUUACAUCUGUGCAGAGUGGGAGAUGGGAGGUCUCCCAUCUUGGCUGCUUCGAAAACCUAAUAUUCAUCUGAGAUCCUCAGAUCCAGACUUCCUUGCUGCUGUGGACUCCUGGUUCCAGGUCUUGCUGCCCAAGAUCUAUCCAUUUCUCUACCACAAUGGGGGCAACAUCAUUAGCAUUCAGGUGGAGAACGAGUACGGUAGCUACAAGGCCUGUGACUUCAAGUAUAUGAGACACUUGGCUGGCCUCUUCCGGGCAUUGCUAGGAGACGAGAUCUUGCUCUUCACCACAGAUGGGCCUCAGGGACUCAGAUGUGGUUCCCUCCCAGGACUCUAUACCACUAUAGAUUUUGGUCCAGCUGACAACAUGACCAAACUCUUUGCCCUGCUUCGGAGUUAUGAACCCCAUGGGCCAUUGGUGAACUCUGAGUACUAUACAGGCUGGCUGGAUUACUGGGGCCAGAACCACUCCACCCGGUCCAGUAUAGCUAUAGCCCAAGGACUAGAAAAAAUGCUCGAGUUGGGAGCCAGUGUGAACAUGUACAUGUUCCAUGGAGGGACUAACUUUGGAUACUGGAAUGGUGCUGACGAGAAGGGACACUUUCUUCCAAUUACUACCAGCUACGACUACGAUGCACCCAUAUCUGAAGCAGGGGAUCCCACACCUAAGCUUUUUGCACUUCGAAAUGUCAUCAGCAAGUUCCAGGAAAUUCCCUUGGGACCUUUACCUCCCCCCAGCCCCAAGAUGAAGCUUGGACCUCUGACUUUGAGCCUGGAUGGGAAUUUGCUGUCUUUCCUAGACUUUCUCUGCCCCCACGGCCCCAUCCAUUCAGUUUUGCCAUUGACCUUUGAGGCUGUCAAGCAGGAUCAUGGCUUUAUGCUGUACCGGACCUAUCUGACUCACACGAUUUUUAAACCAACACUAUUCUGGGUGCCAAAUAAUGGAAUUCAUGACCGUGCCUAUGUGAUGGUGGAUGGGGAACUGAUGGGGGUUCUGGAGCGGAACUUGAAAAAUGAACUAUAUUUGACUGGGAAAGUAGGGGCCAAGCUGGAUAUUUUGCUAGAGAACAUGGGGAGGCUCAGUUUUGGGUCUAACCACAGUGACUUCAAGGGCCUGUUAGAACCACCGCUUCUGGGGCAGACGAUCCUCACCGAGUGGAUGAUGUUCCCCCUCAAAGUUGAUAAGCUUGUCAGGUGGUGGUUCCCCCUGCAGCUGAUGAAGAGAGCACAGCCUCAGCCUGCCUCUGGCCCUGCCUUCUAUUCCACAACAUUUACAGUGUUAGGGAAACUUGGGGACACAUUUCUGUACCUACCUGGAUGGACAAAGGGCCAAGUAUGGAUCAAUGGGUUUAACUUGGGCCGGUACUGGACAAAUCGGGGUCCACAACAGACCCUAUAUGUGCCAAGACUUCUGCUGUUCGGUAGAUCGAUCAACAAGAUCACAUUGCUGGAGCUGGAAAACGUGCCUCAGGAGCCCCAAAUCCAAUUUUUGGAUACACAUAUCCUCAACAGCACUCUGCACUGGGGAUAUGCCUAUUUUCUUCCAGAAACACAAGGUUCAUAUGAACCAAUGGAACUAAGUGGGCACUGAAAGAAAUAUGACCCUUGAAUCUGGGGCACAGGGCAGGAGCCUUUGGUGCUGGCCACAAUGACCAAAAGGAAUCAAAGGCUACAAUCCCUCUGAAUGUACGUACAGAUACAGUUUUCUUGCCAUACUUUAUUGUGAUUAAAAUUCCAAAGACAGGACUGGCUCCACACACCUCUGUGGCCCUGUCUUUGCCCUUGUUCCUGAGUGUCCUUCACCCCAUCUUCCACAUAAUCUCGAGCUUCAUGAGGAGGAAGAGAAACCCUAGGUCUGAAUGUGGCCCCAGGUGGUGUAAGAAAUCAGGAAGAAGGCCCCCCUGCCCGACUGCGAUGGUCUCGGAGGCAACGUGUGGAGCAGAAAGAGAAGUCGAGGUAGUGAAAGGGAAUGAGGCCUUGGAGGGAUACGCCACAACUCCAACAGCGUCUACACAAAAGGAGGAAAAAUGACUGAACGGAUGCCCCACAAACCUUCCCAUCUCAGCUUUGCCAGCUCUCAAAGAUCCCAGGGAACCUCAAAUCCCCUCCGCGAUCCUUCUCGACACCAUGAAGGCCCUCAUUCCUCAUGCCCCGAGUGAUCCUGAGGACACAGGAGGCCACCCUUUCAUUCCCGGGCCCCGUACCCAGCGUUGACAGCCGCAGAGUCAGGAACUGGAGGGCCAGGGGCUCCCAACUGGGCGGCGAGUCGGCGUUCUGCAGCCAGAGCUCUCUGAAAAGCAGAGUCGAUGUUGAAGAGUCGGCAGAGGUGAAGAGCUCACUCUGGAGAGGGGAGGUAUGGCCUCACCUUCUCUCUGUCACUGAGGGCAGCAAAUCGCCGCUGCUCUUCUUGCUCCUGCUCUUCCUGCUCCCUCUGCUUCUGCUGCUGCUGCUCCCGCUGUCGGCGGGCCGCCUUCUGCUCCUUCUUCCUUGCAGCCUGGCGGGCCUCCAUUUCUUGAGUCAGUGGCCCUGGCACCUGGAGGAUUUCCCAAAGUUACUGUAAAACUGUAAGGACCCCAUGAGGAGCCGAUGCCCUCCCACUCUGUAGCUCCUUUUCCAGCUCACCCGAGCCUUGUUGUAAUCAUAGGCAUCAAGAUUCUUCUCCAUGAACCUUCGGAAUUCAUUCCGUGUGGCUUUGUCAGCUGCUACAGUAUAAGGUGGCCGGGCCCUAGAGUCCCUAAGGGCAAAAACCCAAAACCGAGUUCAACUUGCCUCCUGCUUUUCCUGACAUCACCCAAGGAAAUAGUAUCAAGUGCCAACAGGAGCUACCACAUUAUGCUCUUAAUCCUAAACCGGCUCAGGAUGGAGAUACACUUACUGCACAGUAGGGUCAGCACCUGCCUCCAACAGAAGACGGACUACUAAGCCUCUUCCAGCUGCGGCUGCUGCGUGCAGGAGAGUAAAGCCACCAGAGCCCAAAGGGGCAUUGAGUAGAGACCUAACUCCAGGGUCGACAGGCCCCGCAGCUAGCUGGAGCUUUAGCACCUCAACUUCCCCAGCUCGGCAAGCAGACAGAAGCGUGUCCCAGAGCUCUGGCUGAUCAGGGGCUUUGGUUGUGACCACUUGGUCUGCCUGUGGGAGAGGCUCGUCUUGAGAUUGCUGGAGAAGAGUCCCAUGUGUCCCACACUGCUGGUCUUGACUUCUCUCUUUCUUCUUUUUCCUCCUCCUCCGCUUGGGCAACACCUCAAAUUCACGAAGAUCCAGGGUCCCCAGUGUCAACUCUACUAGCUCCAACUCUCCUUGGGAGCCAUCCUCUUCCUGAGACUCUGAACCUAGGGGAAUAUGAUGUUAGAUCUGUCUAAAUAGGGAGAGGGUGGAAGGAUGUGGGCAUCCUCAGAUGGGCUUACAUUUAUAAAAAGAUACUCAGAUCA